GGACACGCCGGGUCUCCAGCGGGCGGAGCGACGGGAGGGCGGCCCCGCGCCGCCAUGGAGGAGCCGGCGGCCGAGGAGGAGGAGGGGGUGCUGCGGGACUACCUGGCCUACUACGCGGCCCGGGGGGCGGAGGGGCGGCUGGCGGCGUGCGACGAGGCCGCCCUGAAGGCGAGGGCGCGGCGGCUGCCGGAGCGGCGGGGCGCGCUGGACGUGCGCGGCGUGGCCGAGCGGUGCCGGAGGGCCCGCGGGCGGCGGGGCGGCAGCGUGCUGCGGGACCUGCUGAAGGCGCUGGAGGUCCUGGAGCUGCUGUGCGUCAACUUGCUGCUGUCCCCGUGGAGGAAGGAGAUCAGGUCGCUGAAGACAUUCACCGGUAAUUUUGUCUACUACAUUCAAUCUGUGCUCCCAGAUGACAUAGUAAAAACAGUACUGGAGAAAAUAGGUUACAUUGCAACAACAGCAACAGAGUUCUCACUUGUCAGAAAGAGAAACAAUGAGGAAACAAAGCAGACCGCCUUUGAAAUAUUCCUGGCAAGAAUCGAGUGUGAAACCAUCCUCGAAAUGACAAAUGAAGAACAACACGGCAGUUUGGAGAAGACCUUGCAGAAGAGAUCACAAAUGCACUGGCAUCACGAAAAUAAGGACAGAGAGGAUCAGACGCCCCAGAGAGAAGACUGUGAAAAUCUAGAAAGUAAAGAAAAUAAUAGUGAAAUGACUUUGUGCCUUGCUACUCAACAGAAGUCUUCACCUCAUAGCAGUAUGUCCUUUGAAGCCGCUCAGAAUCUGAAGAUCAAAGAUGACACUCCUCACUUAGCAGUAACUCAAUCCACUAACAGGCUUCAGGAACACCAAAAGCAAGUCAUUAACACAGUACACUUUCCGGGCAAACGCUCAGACAGCGAGGACUUCUUGAUCAAAUACAGUGACAUUGUCAUAAGACAAACACCUAUUUUCACUGAGAAUCUUUCUCCAAAGGCUUUUGAAAAAAAGCCAAGAGCCAGUCUAAGCGAGGAGUGUGCUCUGGCAGUCACUGCACAGUCAACUGCAAAUGAGCUCUGGUCGGUGCCACUCUCACCAGGAGCAAGCGGUCCACCAGCCUUUGCAAUAUUUGCUGACAGCACUUGUGACAGUAAAAGCACUUCAGAGUACGAAGCUCAGCAAGUCCCUGAAGAGUCAAUUGAAGCAAAAAUUAAUGAUGCUAUAAACUGCGUAGACCCCGACCCUGCAGACAAACCCAAUGAGCUGAAGUCUCUGCCGUACACCGAUGUCGCAUCUGUCCAAAACUGCCCCAUCUCUAGGGAAGAGGAAGUCUGUGAUCUGUCUUUAACCUUCACAAAGCUACAAGUCAAGGACACUCAGGAAGAUCUGAUGUAUCCCAUAGAGGAGACUGGGCACCCUGAGUCACUAUCAUAUGCAAGUACAAAUGACAGGAAUGUAAGAGAACUGAAUCAUUCCAAAAUGAAACGCACAUACUCAACUAAUGCUGAAAUGCAGAACAGAGCAGCUGCAUUUAUUGAGCCAUCUUCGGAUCUGUGCUGUACUACUAGGAGCGUGGAGGAUCCCACUAGUGGCUCUGAUGGCAAGGGACUAUUAAUGGGUACUCCAAAUGCACACAGGGCUUCUGAGUGCUUCAGGCACAUCAGAGAGCCCCCUAAUCCCACCUACAUUCCACCACGAAGUAUUGAUGUUCGGUCUCCAAGCAGAAGAAGCACCAGUGCACAGGGCAGAAGGAACCUCCUGCAGCCCGACAGUGAAUCCAGUGAAGUAAAACCAGAGAACUAUAAUUUUAAAGUAAACGAAAUCCAGGAGCCUUACGUUAUUAUUGACAAAACUGACCAAGGAAUGUUGUGCUAGCACACUUGAUUCUAACAGUGCUUUAUUUGUAAUUUGCCUGGGGUUUCCCUGCCCUAGUUGUGGCCUUGAUCAUCUUUUCAAAGGAGGUAAUUAGCUUUGACAAAGCUAAUCAUAAACAAACAAAAACACCACCACUUUUGGACAGUAAACAUUGAAGUAAUUGAGCAAAUUCUUAAUAGCUCUUUCCUCAUGAAAUCACUCAAUUUAAUUCAUUAACCGGAUUCCAUCUGGCUCUAAUUAAUGCCUGAGACCUAUUUUUAGAAUAUGCCAUGCUGUACAAUGACAGGAACAGGUAAAUAUUUCUAAAUUGGAAGGCUCUAUAGUGUUACAAAUGCUGUGCUGGAGUGUACUUCUGUUAGCUCGUGGCAUUCCUGUGAAGCUGUAUUCUGAGCUAAUCUUUCUUCUAUUUUCAGUUUAAAGAUAAGCUUAGAAAAUUAGCAUUCUCUAAAUUAGUAUAAAUAGUCUAUACCUGACUUUCAUCCUCCCGAAAUGUGUAGAGUGGAGCAGGUGGAUUAUACUAGAAAAGCCUCAGGAGCUACAAUGCUUUUUGAAUAACUAAUUUCUGGAGUUCUGUCAUCACCUGAUUCCAGCAUGGUAGGAGGAAUGCAGCUUAGGCUGAACAAACACCAGAGGACAAGACUUCAGCUUUGGAUGGUGUUAAGGGGUGGGAGAAAACAGUAUUACAAAUAUGCAUACAGAAACUAAUAUUUCUGCACUGGAUGUGGCUGGGAUGAAGUUACUUCUUUAACAGAAGCUAUGUGGCGUUGUGGUUAGGAUUAGUUGCUAAAACUCUUGAUAAUGCACUUGCAUUCUGGCUGUUGCUGAACAGUGCUUGCACAGCGUUAAUGCCUUCUCUUCCUCGCUCUGGCCCCCACUCCAGUGGUGGUGGGCAAGAAACUGGCAGCUGGAACAGCUGACUGGAUUUAGCCAAAGAUAUUCAUACCAUAUAACAUCAUGCUCAGCAAUAAAACCGGGGUAGCAGAA